GACGAAGAUAGGCUCAGCUCGCUGACAGAUGAUAUUGUACUGUCUAUCUUGGGUAGAGUCAGUUUACGUAUGGCUGUAAGCACAGGUGUGCUUUCUACACGGUGGAAGCAUCUGCCUUGGUUGCUGCCUGAACUCAGCAUAAAUGUCGAGGAUUUCCUAUCUGUUCCAUGCACUGAACCUAUUGAGGCAAAUGAAAGGGAGGAGUUAGCUAUGGUGUCUUUGACCAAAGCUACCAGGAGUUUCUUGGCUGAUAAGCAGGGAGAAUGCACCAUCUCAAGUCUGCACCUGAAGCUCUACUUGACCAACACUUUCUUGUGCGAAAUUGGUAAACUGGUAGGUGGCGCGAUUGACAACGGUAUGCUGAAAGAUUUGGAUCUCACCGUUCUUGACAAGACAAAUCCUUUAGAUCGUAGUGACGAGGAUAUGCUGCAGCGAGCUCAAGAUAUUGAUACUUUCUUCGGUGCCUACCCUAGUGUGCUCCACUGCCUCACAAAGCUCUCUAUACAAAAUGCAGGCUUUGACAAAUUGGACAUGCACCAUGUCUUGUUUGACUGCUGCAAGCAACUGAAGCAUCUAAGCCUUUCUUAUUGUGAUACCGGCAUGUACUCUGACUUUAAGAUUGAUGCACCAAACUCAAAACUUUGUUUUCUGGAAUUCGACAAGUGUCGCUUUGAGAGACUCGAACUGGUCUGCCUCCCGAAGUUGGAGAAAUUGAUAUGCGGUACUUGGGAAUCUCAUAAUGUCCCAGUGACCUUUGGGUUUGUCCCAUCUCUUGGAGAAUUAGAACUCUCAUUUGGUGCAGCAUAUUAUCAAUGUCCGUUUAAGUUAAGUGAGCUUCUACAUGGAACAGCAAGCAUACACACUCUGACAUUGGACUUCCAAGGAGAAAUUGUUUGGUUGCAACCUGAAAUAGAGGAACUCCGCACUGCAUUCAGCAAGCUAAAGAAGCUGUCUGUGUGUGGCAUUUUUGUUGAAUUUGACAUUUUAUGGACGACUGCCUUUCUGGUAGCAGCACCAUCUAUUGAAAAAUUACGUAUUCAGGUAUCGGAUCAUCCAUGCGAGGCUGGUUUUAGAGGUGGCAUGUACAGUGACAGAGUGACUCCUCAGUGGGAAAUGCGCUUUGAUGGCUCUGAGAACAGGCUGCUGAAAGAGCUAGAAUUUGGUGGCUUUAAAUCACUAGAACAACAAUUUACAUUUAUAAGAUCCAUGUUGGUGAGAUGUCCCAACUUGCAGAAGAUAAUUCUUAGAGGAGACAUGAUAUGCGAAGAAUGUGAUGCUCUUGAUGCAUCACUUCGUAAUUUGAAAUUUCCAAAGAAGGAUGAGGAAGAAAUGGUGGUUGAGCGGAUUAGAGGUGGCAUAUUCUUGCCAGAGAUAAUUUUCGAUGAAGACUGGUCCCUGAGCAUCUGAGAUUUGUUUUUGCUCUUGUUACUGUUACGGUGUUACCGCACAUUUGCACUUAUGUUGACACUGUCAAAAAUUAAUCUUCAGAGUUCACUUUGGUCCAAACGACACUGGUAGUUUUUCAUGUUUCAUUUGUUUAUUUGAAGAGCACCUGAACACUGGUAGCUGUAUACAUUUCAUCCAAGUAGUGAUGUUUGUUUAGCUUGUACAGGGUUAAGCUUGUU